AUGGGAUUUGUGGGAUCCUUGUUUACAUGGCACAAACACUACCCAAAUUAUACUGUCUGGGAGAGGUUGGAUAGAGCAGUAGCCACAAACGAGUGGUUUGCAAAAUUCCCAGAAACAAAAAUACAUCAUUUGGAUGUGACUACUUUGGAUCACAAGGCACUAUGGAUUGUCUCGAAAGUCAUGGAAUGCAAACAACAGAGACCGUUCCGCUUCGAGCAGAUGUGGAUGAUGGAAGAAGGUUGUAUUGCCACAGUGGAGGCAGUGUGGAAGACUGGAAAUAGUAAAGCUGAGGAUGUUAAACUUAUUACGAAAAUUGAUAGAUGUUGA